AUGUUCAUGUCCUCAGUUCCCAGCCAGCUUCUGGUCUCUACCCUAGCCCUCAGCGGCGUGUGUCUUGGCCAAAGGUCCGGAAAGUUCAACUUUCUCACCUACAACGUGGCUGGUCUGCCCGACAUUUUCAACGGCAAUGAUGUUCCCGGUGACAAGAGUACCAACUCCAACCUUAUCGGCACUGCUCUUGCUACCGGUGGAUAUGACAUUGUUCACAUGCAGGAGGACUUCAACUACCAUGCCUACAUCUACGCGACUGACAACCAUCCUGAGCGCACUCCUACUUCCGGCGGUGUUCCCUUUGGCGAUGGCCUCAACACUGUUGCUAACUACCCAUGGACUGGCUUCGCUCGCAAGAAGUGGAACAAAUGCAACUUGAACUCUGGAGACUGUUUGACUCCCAAGGGUUUCAGCUUCAUGCGCAUGAAGAUUGGCGAUGUUGAGGUUGAUCUUUACAACCUCCACGCCGACGCUGGAUCUGACAGCGGCGAUGUCAAGGCCCGAGAGGCUGGCAUUGACCAGAUCCUCGAGUACAUCAAGUCCAACUCCAAUGGCCGAGCCAUCAUUAUCGGCGGCGACACCAACGACAGAUGGACCAACGCAGGUCGAAGCAUCAACAAGCUGACAGACGCUGGUUUCAGCGAUGCUUGGGUGCAGUUGAUCAACGGGGGCAAGUUCCCCACUGCUGGCGCUGCUGCCGAUCCAUGCAAGGUUCCUGCUGCGAACAACAAGUGCGAGAUUGUCGACAAGGUUUUCUACCGAUCUGGAAGCUCCGUCAAGCUUACUGCUACUUCUUUCAACUAUGUUCCUCAGCUCUUUGUCCAGCCUGAUGGAAACAUUCUUUCUGACCACAACCCCGUAAAGGUCGACUUCACCUACUCCUCUUAA